CCGCAUCAUACGCACAAGCAUCUGACCUAGUCCAAAAUAAAUCUCAACUUUGGUAAUUACCAAAUAUCUAAUCUAUAGAUGCUUCAUUGAUACGCAUUUCCGGCUGUUUGAAACACGCCUUUCUCUUUGCAUCUAUUGCAUCUAUUGCGGUCGGACCCGAAGACAAAGCCCGUUUAAAGGAUUCGCUAACUAGGGGUAAUCAGUAAUUUGAUAUCUUGGUUUUAGGACUGAUUUGUCAACGCUGGCGCCCUAUUGUAUGCUGACGACCAGGGACCAAAUGCCCGCGGAACUGUAACGGGAGAUAGAAGAGAAAGAACCGAUGCAUCAAUUGCAACCCAAAAUUUAUAUAUAAAUCGAGUCGGAAUACCUUGAUGGCACCUACUACAUCCUAACUAACUACCUACCCGCUUCUCGCAUAAAGGUCGCUUACUACAACAUCGUCGAAGAGUUGAGUUGUGUAUAUCCAUUAUAUCCUACUAGCGAGAUCACUCCUGAACGUAUACCAUGGUCAGGGAAGGUAGCUGUCUUUGCGGCAAGAUCCGCAUCUCGUUUGAAGGCGAGCCUAUAAACAAGAUGUUGUGCCACUGCCUCGACUGUCGCAAAAUCUCAGGCUCAGCUUUUAGCACCAAUAUCGUCGUGCCCGCCGCUGGCUUCAAGAUUCUAUCGGGGACGCCCAAGACUUAUGUCACGGAUGGCGACUCAGGUCAGGAGAUAACGUCGUACUUCUGCGGCGACUGCGGCUCAACUCUGUGGCGCAACGGGAAAGUCACCGACUUCAACCCAAUCGUCAAAGCUGGUGUCAUAGACGACUCGAACUUCUUCGUCGACAACGAAGCCAAGCCAAGAGUAGAAUUGUUUUCGCAUCGGCGGCCGCGUUGGGUUAAGGAGAUUCCCGGUGCAGUUCAGAUGUGAGAGUUGUGAUUGGGUGGAAGAUGGAGACCACGUUGUUGAUACUAUCCAAGUACACUUUAGAGGAGGAGCAAACGUAUACUAGGCUCGACCAGACCAAUAAAUCAACCGGAUUCAAUACUUGUUUGUGCCUAUGUGAAAGGUUUAUCGAACCGAAUGGAGGUUUGGUUUGUGAAUAUGUUCCAUGAAAUAACAAGUGAUAGCCGACGUGUUCAGUUAUCUCGUGAUGUCAACUGAACAGGAUCUGGACAGCUAAGAUAUUCGAUGCAUCGACCCGACCGUAUGCUCAGGGGGUAGGUAGUAGCAUUUCUGACCCUUAAGUCUAAGGAAAGCUCUUGGACAAGUUAACGUUGUAAGAUACAUCCGGCCCACUAGCUCCAUAUCAGUAGUUAUGCUGUCUUAACAGGAUAUCUUUGAAAAGGAACCACUUAACUAUCAUAUGGGUGGGUAACAAUAUCAAUCUUCCCAGGGGUUAACUAGCGUCUCGAGCAAUAUUCAGUCCUCUGUGGAUUUUCGUCGUAAUAAUUGCCCCUUAAACAACCUCGCUAUCGUGUGAUUGUCUCCGCCG